UUAAGAUAAUCUUUUUUCUCUAUCACAGGGUGUUAUUCAAGACGUCGACUCCGCUAGACUACUGAGCGUAAUAGAAGACCCACAUGUAGACGUUACGUCACAACCAUUGACUGGGCACAUGAAAUAGGUAAAUGAGCGACACACUUUCUCGGUGGAGUUGGGCACUGGGGUGGCGACAGAGAGAGAGGCUUGUCAACAUGGACCCGAUGGAGCUUGUAUCUCGUUUCAAUCGUAAAACUGUUCUCCAGGCUGUAGGGACAUCUGUCCUCCUGUACGUGGUGUACCGCGUAAUCAGGUUCCUGGUCUGGUAUCGGCGUCUCUUCAGUUUCUUCAACAGGUGUCAGGGCGUCAAGGACUUCUCCUGGAGGACCGGCAACCUGCAUUUGUACCCGCAGGAUUUUGAGAAGCGUGCCCUGGUAGACAAGGAAUGGAUGAAGAGGUUCCCCAAGUACUGUAGGAUCUGGAGAGGGCCCCUCCUGCCUAUCAUCAGCGUCUACCACCCUGAUACUAUCAAAGCCAUCAUCAAGUCUGCAGAACCAAAGCCGAGGGGUCUUUUAGGCCCAUAUGAAUCAUUAGUGCCCUGGCUGGGGGAGGGUCUCCUGAUUGCGGGGGGACAACGCUGGUACCGAUCUCGACGCCUCCUCACCCCCGCCUUCCACUUCGACAUCCUCAAACCCUACGUCGACGUCUCCAACAACGCCAUUGACACCAUGAUGGAGAAGAUUGACAAGCACGUGGAGGAAGGCACCAGUUUUGAAUUGUUCAACAUGAUCAGCAUGUGUACAUUUGAUAUCCUGUUGAGGUGCGCCAUGUCUGUCGAGGAAAACAUACAACAACAGGGGAACACACAUCCAUAUCUCAACGCAGUCAAUGAAUUACUUACUCUGAAUGUAAACAGGGCCUUCAACCCAUGGCAUGCUUUUGACUUCAUCUUUUACAACUCCUCCGAGGGGAAGAAGUUUAGGAAGCAUUGUGACUUUGUACAUCGCUGGGCGGAAGACAUCAUCGACAAGAGGCGACAGACCUUGGAGAGAGAUGGACCCCCCAAGACCCGCUACCUCGACUUCUUGGACGUCCUGCUGAGUGCCCGAGAUGCUGAUGGCAAGGGCCUCACCCCGCUGGAGAUCAGGAAUGAAGUCGACACGUUCCUCUUUGAAGGUCACGACACAACGACCAGUGGGAUAUCAUGGACGCUGUUUACCAUGGCCUCCAAACCCGAGUUCCAGACCCGGAUACAGAAGGAACUGGACACACUGCUGGACGGAAGAGAGUCCAAGCACAUCACCUGGGAUGACAUCCCCAAGAUGGAGUAUCUGACGCGAUGUCUGAAGGAAGGGAUGAGGUUUCACUCGCCUGUUCCGGCCAUUCUUCGGAAACUGGAAAAUCCAAUGGAUAUUGAUGGAAAAGUCUUUCCAGUAGGAACCCUCGUCGGCAUUAAUAUAUGGAAGGUUCAUCACAACCCGGAAGUGUGGGAGGACCCGGAUGUGUAUGAUCCCGAUCGGUUUCUGCCUGAGAACAUCAAGAAGAAGGACACCUACGCAUACAUCCCCUUCUCAGCUGGCCCACGAAACUGUAUCGGACAACAUUUCGCCUUGAAUGAGCAAAAGGUCAUGCUUGGAAGAAUUCUUGAAAGAUAUAAGUUAGAGGCAGAUAUAAGCCACAAAGUCGGACGAAGGACUGCCGCCGUAAUGAAGUCCACUGAAGGACUGUGGGUGUUCGCCAGACACAGACACUGAACAUUCCAGCGGAACAUAUUGACACUGAACAUCCCAGCGGAACAUAUUGACACUGAACAUCCCAGCGGAACAUAUUGAUGCUGAACAAAUGAACCCUAAGUUGAAAUUGAAGAGAGCUGAAAUAGAUGGACAGAAAUUUUAUUGCACUUUAAUUGUCUUGGAAUUAUCACCAAUGUCCUGUAUACACUGUUUUGUCCAUACAGGUUCUGACUGUCUGGUGAAGCUGGUGCUGUGAUAGUUAAGCUGAUCAUGUGAUACACACAGUAAUCAUGACAUGAUUGUGCAAGUACUAUAUUAUUCCAGUGAAACUGUACUUUCUUUCUGUAAGGUUCCAUUGUCAUAAAUGUAUCAGAAGUGAUAAUCAGCAUUUUCCACUGUUCCCCCGAGCAAAUACCAUGUUUGCAUUAUGAAUGGUUCUUUUGCGUUGGGUUGUGUCACACGCAGAAAUAUCAGCAUGACAAUUCUUCGAACUGUCGAUGCAUAGCGAUUGUCCUAGUGACAUUGCAUUGCAUUAAGUUCAAAUAUCAUUGGUUAACACUGUUAUCUGUAUCAAAUCUGUCUUUAUGUGAAUGUGCAUGUUCAUGCAGUACCUAAGCAAUCCAGAAUGUCUACGCCAUAAGCUGGCAUCUUCUCGAGGCAAGAGAGUCCACUAUCCCGUCACCAGACUUUGAUAUAGACUAGUGGACACUCUUGUCGGGGAGAUGUGUGCUGGAGCUGAUGGUAUAUUGCUCGACAUGAAGGGGCAAAAUCACAACUGGAAAAUCGAAAUCAUCCCUCUUGUCGUACGGCUAGGUACAGAGGUUGUCAUCGCUUUGAAUAUAUAUGCACAUAUCUAGAUAAAACAUUAAAUAUUCA